AUGACUGUGGGUGUGCUAAAUCACAAUAUAUUUUCUUUAUUAAAGAUAAUACAACGACGCGGGUACUACAUCGAUAAACCCCAGGAUUUCAAUCGAUCUUGGUAUCAGUACAGUGUUGGAUUUGGAUCGCUGAAUGAAGAUUUUUGGCUUGGAAACGACAAAAUAUUUGCUUUGACAAAUCACAAAGAUGUGGAGCUUAGAGUGGAUUUAGAAGAUUUCUCAGGGAAAACAGCCUAUGCUAAGUUUUCAAAUUUUUUUGUAAUGAGUGAGAGAAGAAAAUAUCAGAUGUUUCUUGGUUCCUAUAGUGGCGAUGCCGGUGAUUCACUUAAGUAUCACAACGGUUCACGUUUCUCGACGGAAGAUCAGGACAACGAUGAAAAUUCAAAAAGUUGUUCCACCGAUCAUGGAGAUGGUGGAUGGUGGUUUAAAAGUUGUGUUCACAGUACCUUAAAUGGUUUUUACCAUAAGACAGCUAAAGCUACAAAAUCUUGGAGAGGUAUCAGUUGGCGUACCUUUGGUGGUUCAACUGUUUCUCUG